AUGAAGCGCGCGAAGGUGGACCUUUUUCACUUCGGCUGGAUGAUUGCAGAAAUGGUGACUAGCGAGUACGACAGACUCGUUCCUGAUCUCAGCCUCAAGGAUAUGCAAAGUGUAUAUGGCAAGGAGAGAAGUGCUCUGGCUCGCUUGUUGGGUAUGAUAUCUCAAUACCAAUCCGAAGUCCGUGGUGAGACUACCCAAGACAUGGCUUCUUGGGUCACGUUGUGUCUUGGAAGCGAGAAGAAGCAUUCGGUGGAGAGGCGAGCAAAAUGUAUUCCACGUCUCCCCUCACCGAAGAAUGAACCAAGAUUGCGCAUGAUCAACGGCAAAGGCCACCGUCGUUCCGCUCACGACAGCGAGGAGGCAGACGUUCGCAAAAGGUUAACACUCCACCCAAAGGGCCAAAAAGAACUCGCACUCCAAGCUCUCAUAACCAUCAAAGCCACCCAGUCUGCUAGAACCGAAGUUCAUCAGAGCAAGACCAAAUCCAAAGAACGAACCCCACUCCGAAAUGUGGUCAAGCAACUGCACUCAGGGGGACGCUUCCGAUUUAGAGGAGUCUGA